GACCGAUUAGUUCGUACUUCUCUGUCUUUUAUUUCUGCGGAGACCGGCGACAGUACCACCGUACAUAAAACUCAGACAGUACCGUCAGUGGCUAAAGCCCCGCACUUUUCUUGGGGUCAUUGCAUUAAAAUAGGAAUCUUAUCUGUAUCAGUGUUGUUUUGUUUUCUUCAGUGUUUUUAACUGGUGAUAAAUAUGUGACAGUUCUUGGAAAUACAGUGUUGAUGUGUGAUAAGUUAAUCAGUUUAUCUGGAUUUUUAUUAAGAUCUUCAUCGGCGAAUUUAGGAGAAGGUACAGAACAGCGCAGCAAUAUGCUGGAAAAACCAUCAGACGAACCCCAAGCGGUCACUCCUUCACAGAAGACACCACCUUCAAUGGCCAAGUUCGGCUGGCAUAAGUUAGAAUCAGGGCCUUUGGUACAAUACAUCAAUAGGGGCAACGAAAAGUAUGUCGCCUCUUCCUUACUUGACACGAAAGUCACCCCUCCCGAAAUAUUUGACUUCUCUAUCGACGUGUUCAAUUGUCUACCCCCAUGCGCCUUCACGAUGACAGCGGACGAAGCGGCCGCCUUCAACUAUAUCGACGUGCGUCACUGUGACCGCCAGUUGAUGGGCAAUCACACCUUGGCCGAAGGAGACCCCAUGAUGCGUUUGGAGGACGUCGACAAGGUGAUAUCGUUUUACCGGUCCUGUUCGCUGCUAGUGAUCAAACGGCAAAGAGUGAAUCCUCAUUUCGGCUUCAUAAGAAUCGCCGGGGAACAACUGGUACCAUUUAUUAGGCAGGACGAAGUCAAGUUGGUGCCUAUGUUUUACUUCGAUGGGCAAAGCGAGUUCUUGGAAGAAAGAUCGGUGGAAGUAAGAGACGAUUGGAUGUUGGCGGGUUUUCGAUUUUGCUGUUUGUUGCAGAAGAUUCGAAAAGAGUUAUACAAUGGCGUUUCAGUGAAAAUGGUAGAUUUGGAGCACGUGAAAACGCUAUUUCCUGCAGAGACCACGUUCGAAAUCGAUUUUCCGACGUCAGUCAACGAAAAAAUCUUCUCCGAUAUGUUUAAAAUGGUCAGAGAUGCUAAUAAGGCCCAUAAUUCUGAAGCACUAAACAAUGGCGGUAGUAGUAAUAGUUCUUCCGCGAAUCCUUUAAUACCCGACAGUAUUACACCAAGGAACCCUUUUCCAUUAGAAGGUCACAAGACAAAUACAAAUUCACCUUCAUUUCAGCAAAAACAACCAAGUUCUAAUCAAUUUUUUGUGAGUAAUUCGAUGUCUGCAGGAAAAACCCCAAACGUUACCCUAAUACAAUAUAAUAAUACAAUCCCAAACCAAAAUGACUUAAGAGGCAUGCCUCACCAAAUGAAUAGUAAUUUCAGUCAGCAGGCACCUCAAAUAAGAACGUCACAAAAUAAAUUACCCUUGCCAACAUACCAACAACAUUUAGCUAGUUUAUCCAGGAACCAAUUACACAAUAGGCCUCCAAAUCAGAAUCCUACGAAUAACCCCCAAAUGCAGUAUCCAGUAAAUGGUUUACAGCACUCAGUCAAUCCUAACAUUCAAUAUACAAAACAGCCUCCCAGUCAUCACGGACUUUCUAAUGUGCAAUUUUCUAAUAACAAACCAGUGAAUCCACAGUCAUACACUCGGAACCAAGUGGCAUCUCCUUCAAAUAGAAACCAAGUGCAAUAUCCAAUGAGCAAUACUCCAAAUUCUUUUAUAAGUCAAGUGCCAGUUCAAAAAUCAGAUAUACACAAUGUUUUUCCCCCGAAUCUUAUAGUAGGGAGAUAUUCUGGUUCCGAAAUGCUAAAACAUUUAUCAACUUCUUCCAAACCUUCAGCACCAUUCAGUAGUUCAUCAACAUCUACAAACAGAAUACCUUCCAAUGUAGGAAAUAAUAUGAAUAGCAUGUGUACCGCUACGGGGAGAAGCCCUUUAGAUACUAGUAGAAAUAUACAGUCAAAUCCUAGACGCAAUUCUUAUAAUAUCAAUUUAUUGGACACCUACACUAAUGGUCUCUCUAAGAAUACCUCACAAAAUCAUAACAGGAGAAAAAAUUCGCUAGAAAUAUUUAACGUAAACGAUGGUCCUCCUGCAGUGGGGAAUAAUUUAAAGUCCACGUCAAAUAUAACUAUUAAUAUAUUACCUACACCAGGAAGCAAAAGACCUAGCAAAACUAGUGUUAUUGUAGACAGCAAGAAAGCAAAAACCCAAGAAGUCUCGUCAGGAAGCAAUCAUCUCAACCAAACCAAUCCACUCUCAUUACGUACACCUAUCGAUUUUCCACAACAACAAUCGUCAACCAACGUGCCAUACAAGUCGCCAUUGGCUGGGUCCAGUCCGAUACAUAGGCAACCCAGUCCGUUUAUGCUGGAGGCCAAUCAGAACGGCAGGGUUUCCAGUGCUGUGCCUAAUGCCCAGUUCUAUGGGCACAUCAGUUCGAGUUACUCUUCCGAAUCGAGUAGUUCCACUCCCAGUUGGCCCAUUUGCUACAAAUUGAAAGGAGAACGUUUUUGUCAGUGUCCAAAAUGCGAUAUGAUGCAGAAGCAGUGGGUUGAGCAGCAAAUUGGGUUUAAUUCUCAAAAACCAUAGCUACGUAAAUGAUUUCUGAGUUUGUACUUAUCGAAAGAGAAACCAAAGAGCUCCAAGUGAUUUCGUGUAUUAUCUUGUUAAGGACUGUAUUGUUGAAUCGUGUUCAAAUUUAGUUUAUAAUUAAGUUAAUGUUAGUGUAUGUAUUUUUACAUUUUUUUUUAUAAAAAGAAUUACUGUUUUUGUUUACAUAUUUUU